GGCGAAUUCCUGGGGAGGGGGUCUGGUCCCUGGGACUCCGAGUCCCAUCACCCGGGCGAGGGCUUGCGCCAAGAUUCCUAUUAAGUCACAUAGUGAAGUUGGAAAACAUGCCCGGGACCUCCCUGCACGCCGGCGCAGCCUGCUCUUCCCUGAGGGGCUUCGGGAAGAUGCGACCAGAUGCCUGUACUCUGGGAACGCAGGGAUAGGGUGUCCGGGAGGGAUGCGGGGCGCCCUCCGAGCCCAGAUGCCAGAGUAGCUGCCCCGUCCCCUGCUCCCCAGCCCAGGGGCAGUCACGGGAAGAGCAAUGGAGACUUGGCUGGGCAGGCUCUGGCUGUGUGUAAUGCUGCUCCUGCCUCUCCCUCAGCUCUGCCAGGAUCAGGAGCUGUUUGGACCUUCUCAUCAGCUGCCAUCAGAGGAGGGCCAGGACCCUGAGGGCCUCUGGGGACCUUGGGGUCGCUGGGCUUCCUGCUCCCAGCCCUGUGGGGUGGGGGUGCAGCGCAGGAGCCGAACAUGUGAACUGCACCCAGCCCUGUCCCUCCCUCCCCGACCCCCAAGACAUCCAGAAGCCCACCGGCCGCGGGGCCAGGGCUCCAGAGGCCAUACUCCACGGGAUCCCCAGCCUCUGUAUAGGCCACAACCUCGGGGAAGGGGUGGCCCUCUUCGAGGUCCUGCUUCUCAAGUCGGGAGAGAGGAAACCCAGGAGCCUCAAGGGGCCCAGAGGUUCCGGGUUCGAGACCCCAUCAAGCCAGGGAUGUUCGGUUAUGGGAGAGUGCCUUUUGCCUUGCCUCUGCACCGGAGCCGUAGGCAUCCUCACAGACCUGGGCAACCCAAGAACUCUUCUACAGGGGAAGGGACACUUCCAUCCCAGCCUCCAAGCACAGAGCUGGCCUCUGAAAAGCACAGCCCUCACAUGCAGCCCCCUGAACCCCAUUCUCCCUCAGCUGAAACUCCAAGGUCUGGAACUGCUCAGACAGAAGUGCUCCCCAGAACCAGUUCUGCUCCUUCUGACACGGGGAUCCCUGCACCUACCUCCUCCUUUGGAGACAGUAGGUCUUUCCAGGGAUCCCCUGGGCCACGAAUGCCACCUUCCCUGGGAAGUCGGAGCAGUCCCCAGAGAGCAGAGCAGCACCCACCUCCCUUCUCUCCUGUCCCCCGGAGCCAGCACAGCAGGAGGCACUGGAGACCUCCAGGUCCUCACAGGUCCCCAGAUGGCUGGCUGCCCCUGACUAGAGACUCCAGCCCACUCUGGAGCGUCUUUGCUCCCAGUAGUCCUGUUCCAAACUGUUCUGGGGAAAGUGAACAGAUGCGAGCCUGCAGCCAGGAGCCUUGCCCCCCUGAGCAGCCAGACCCCAGGGCCCUACAGUGCGCUGCCUUUGACUCCCAGGAAUUCAUGGGUCAGCUGUACCAGUGGGAGCCCUUCACUGAAGUUCAAGGCUCCCAGCGCUGUGAACUGAACUGCCGCCCCCGUGGCUUCCGAUUCUAUGUUCGUCACACUGAAAAGGUGCAGGAUGGAACCCUGUGUCAGCCUGGAUCCCUAGACAUCUGUGUGGCUGGACGCUGCCUGAGCCCUGGCUGUGAUGGGGUCCUUGGCUCUGGCAGGCGUCCGGAUGGCUGCGGAAUCUGCGGGGGUGACGGUUCUACCUGCCGUCUGGUUUCGGGGAAUCUCACUGACCGAGGGGGCCCCUUGGGCUAUCAGAAGAUUCUGUGGAUCCCUGCCGGGGCCUCCCACCUUCACAUUUCCCAGUUCCGACCCAGUUCCAAUUACCUCGCACUCCGAGGGCCUGGGGGCCGCUCCAUUAUCAAUGGGAACUGGGCUGUGGAUCCUCCAGGGUCCUAUACAGCCAUCGGGACUGUCUUCCAGUAUAACCGUCCUCCUCGGGAAGAAGGCAAGGGGGAGAGUCUGUCAGCAGAAGGCCCUACCACUCAGCCUGUGGACGUCUAUAUGAUCUUUCAAGAGGACAACCCAGGUGUAUUUUAUCAGUAUGUCAUCUCUUCCCCCCCUGCAGUCCUAGAGAGUCCUUCCACAAAGCCUCCGGCCCUUCAGCCUCAGCCUGAGAUGCUGAGGGGGGAACCCCUACUCCCCUCAGCCCCCCGCCCAGUCCGGACACCGGGUACCCUCCAGCGUCAGGUGCGGAUUCCCCAAGUGCCUCCUCCUACUCGUGUCAGGACAGCUAUGGGGUCUUCUGCUGGAUACUGGAAGCAAGUGGGGCACUCUGAGUGUUCAGCGUCCUGUGGCAAAGGUGUUUGGCACCCCAUUUUCCUCUGCUUUUCCCGUGAGUCAGGAGAGGAGUUGGAUGAACAGAACUGUGCUGUGGGGGCCAGACCCCCAGCUUCCCCUGAACCCUGUCAUGGACCCCCGUGUCCCCCAUACUGGGAGGCUGGCGAGUGGACGUCCUGCAGCCGAUCCUGUGGCCCGGGCACCCAGCACCGCCAGCUGCUCUGCAGACAGGAAUUCGGAGGUGGUGGCUCCUCGGUACCUCCAGAGCGUUGUGCACAUCUCCCCCGGCCCAACAUCACCCAGCCUUGUCAGCUGCACCUCUGUGGCCACUGGGAGAUUAGCUCCCCCUGGAGCCAGUGCUCUGUGCGCUGUGGUCGUGGUCAGAGGAGCCGGCAAGUUCGUUGUGUUGGCAGUAACGGUGAUGAAGUGAACAAGCAGGAGUGUGCUUCGGGGCCCCCGCCACCCCCCAGCAGAGAGGCCUGUGACAUGGGCCCCUGCACCACAGCCUGGUUCUACAGUGACUGGAGUUCCCAGUGCUCAGCCGAGUGCGGGACAGGAAUCCAGAGACGCGCUGUGGUCUGCCUUAGGAGUGGGGAGACCCUUCAGGGGAACCCGGAAGCAGGAAGCGCUGAGCAGGGCUGCCCUCUCAGAAGCCGCCCUCCUGAUAUGCGUGCCUGCAGUUUGGGGCCCUGUGAGAGGACAUGGCGCUGGUUCACGGGGCCCUGGAGUGAGUGUUCCUCGGAGUGUGGGUCUGGCACACAGCACAGAGACAUUAUCUGUGUGUCCAAACUGGGGGCCGAGUUCAAUGUGACUUCUCCCAGCAACUGUUCCCACCUACCCAGGCCACCUGCCCUGCAGCCCUGUCAGGGGCAGACCUGUGAGGACAAAUGGUUCUCCACUCUUUGGAGUCCGUGUUCCCGAUCCUGCCAGGGAGGCGUGCAGACGAGGGAAGUCCAGUGCCUCAGUGGCAACCAGACUCUCCUCUCCCGAUGCCCUACUCACCUGAGACCUUCCAGGAAGCGGCCCUGUAACAGCCAACCCUGCAACCAGCGACCAGAUGACCAAUGCAAGGACAGCUCUGCACACUGCCCCCUGGUGGUACAGGCCCGGCUCUGCGUCUAUCCCUACUACACAGCUACCUGCUGCCGCUCUUGCGCCCACGUCCUGGAGCAGUCCCAGCUGGAGCCGGCUUGAAGCGGGUCCCAAAGACUCUUCGUGGUUUUCUUGUGACACCCACUGACUAGCCCGCUCUGUAUCCUCUGGCUUUUCACCCAGUCUCAGCCUUGCCACAGGGAUCCUCCAGGUUGAGAGACCUACAGUGUGAUAGCCCAAGAAGUGUACCUGACCUACCUGGGGGUCUGUCCCGUGUAUGUUUAUCACUUCCUCAAAAGCAGCCUGAGAAAGAAUAGGAAGCGGGUGGUGCCUGUAUCCCUCAUGCUUUUCUGGGCUGGGGAGAAAGGGGGGAGAAAGCAAGGUUACAUUUGCACACUAAUCUGAGCUACAUAGACUGUGUCCCUGAGAAGUUCCAGGUCUGUGCCCCAAUCCUCAUCUCCACAUCUUCUACGUUACCCUGUUGUUCCCAUCCCUGCCUUAUCUAGUCUCUGUAUUCCUACCUCCCUCAUUAGCAGGAGCAGGGAUCAGCCACUGCUACCCUGCCUUACUGGGGAAGGACCACACCUCUCCAGGGCAGGGACCACUUGUGCCGAGGGUGAAAAGGAAAAACAUCAGCAUAAGACAUCCUAGCCCCAGCCCCCACUUCACACUGAAAAAUGAUGCCCACCCCAGAAGUAAUUUAUUUUUUAUUAAAGUUGGUUGUGACAUAA